AUGGCUUUCCUCGGUUCUCCAGCGCCUUUCUUCUUCUCCUCCUUCACCGUCGCCAUCCUCGCCAGCAAGGCCGUUCACCUCAUCGCUCACUUCUCCACUGUUCCCUUCAGCGCGUUCAUCAUCUACCUGCCGACCUUCUUGAUCUACGAUCUGCUCGCCAUCUUUGUACUUCGCCUCUUGUUACAGAAUUCUCGGGGCGGCUUCUGGCUCAUCCCCGUCUCCAUCGGCUCUCUCAUCUCCUUCAUCGCAGUCGGUGGAGCUGCUUCUCAGCUCGGAUUCUUCGCCCAAACCAGCGGCGAACUGCAAUGGCGUGAUGCUCAGGCCUACGCCAACAAGGAGGGUCUUGAAGUCCUCCUCUCCGGCAGUGCUGCCUUGCUGGCCUUUACCGGUGCCAUCUACGCCGUUGGCUUCGUUCUCCGCAACAUCCUGCACAAUGCCGUCGGCAAUGUUCUGCAGGCCUUCGGCGAAGAUGUUCUGUCGAUCCUCCGCUGGCUGUCCAAGUUUCGUUCUGCUCAACUUCGCAGGUCGCGCGCCGAGAAACGCGAUACCCACCCCCUGAAUAAGGAUCGCGAUGAAGAAGGUGCCGCCUCGGCCGAGAUGCUGCUACAUAACGGCACAGCGCGAUUCAGUGAGGACCACUCCGACGUUUCUACGCUCCUAGACGAGUCGUUUCAUGAGAAGGGUUACGAGUACGACCAGCCUGAGCUGAGCCGCCGACGCCGACGCCUCCCAGCUUGGAUCGGCUUGCUCUUCUCUGCGAUGUACCUGACCAUUGCUCACAUCACGCGGCCCGCACGGCCUUACGACUACAUGUCCAUCACCCUGCCCAUCUCCAUGCUGGACGUCUUCCAAAACCAUGCCGACUACUGCACCCUGCAGAACAGCAUCUAUGACAACCCCUGGCCGUUUCCCGACCUGCUCGCGGAGGAUCACUGGGAGAAGCCCGGUGCCAACUCCAAGGGCUGGGCACCAGGCUCCGAUAGCAAGCUGGCGCAGGAGUACCGUGAGAGGACGCCGCAGUGGCUCCCCGAGGAGCUGCCGCGCGGCUUCUUCCGAUGGGACCCCCUUCGCUUCAAGAAUGGCUUCCUCGGAUCGCACAAGCCCAAGGGGCCGGCACAGACGCCAUUUUGCCCAAACGUCCCCCUGGAGCCGCCCUUCUACAAUCCGGUAAACGACCCGCUUAAGAUUACCAACCUCGACAAUGAUAUCUUGGAGCCCCUGCGAAAGCCACUUGAAGACGGCUCUAUCAAGAUCAAGAACGUUGUGCUCGUUCUCAUGGAGAGCUUGCGCCAGGGAAUUCUGGCCGAUCAAGCAAGGAUCAGAGCCAUGGAAAAACAUUAUGAAGUCGCACGAAGGGCGAGUCAAAGGCAGCGAAGGAUAAGAUCAACCAAUUAUUGUCCCAGAUGGCUCCGCAUAUCGAACAGAUCUCUGGAGUCUCGGUGGCUUCAAGGACUCCGCCCGGCAAGACUUUGGUUCGGUGCACUGCGGCCCUGGCCGAUGCCCGUGGACAAAUUCGACGAGGCUGACACCGACAGCUACCAGCCGUGCAUCCCGCAAGUUCUCGACCUUUUCAACAAAGCCAAGGUUGAUGACGAGGCGCCCAGCGAUGACUUCCGCGAUCAGGAAUGGAUGCCGGCCCUUUUCGAGGCGGAGGUGGAGGAGUACGACAGACAGGAAAUCUUCGACCAAAAGAUUGGAUUCAAGCACAUUGUCACGCGAAAGCAGAUUGAGGAGAGUCCCAGGUUCAACUCGUCCAAGAUCUUGAACCAGAAGGUAAACUACUUCGCAUAUCCCGAACCCGUCCUCAAGCCGCACAUUUCAGAAUUCGUGCGCAGCGCCCGCGCCAAGGACAAGCGCAUCUGGAUGUCGCAUUUCACCAGUACAACCCACCACGCUUGGGAUACCCCCAGCGAUUUCAGCACACUCGAUUACCUGCCCAGCAAGGGCAGCAACGCGUGGCACACAGAUUUCAACAAAUACCUUAACACCCUCCGCUAUCACGACAAGUGGAUGGGCGAGCUCAUGCAGCUCUUCGACGACCUCGACAUGACGAACGAGACGUUGAUUGUCUUCAUCGGUGACCACGGUCAAACAUUUAAGGAGGACUACCGCAAAACGGGGACAUACGAAGUGCCCCACGUCUCCGACUUCCGCGUACCCAUUACAUUCCGCCAUCCGCACCUGCCGCGCGUACAGUCCGCCGUCAAUGCGACGUCCAUCUCUGUCCUGCCAACUAUUCUUGAUCUGCUUGUCAGCAGCGGCUCUCUCAACAAGCGCGAUACCGCGAUGGCAACGGAUCUUGCGCAAGACUACGAAGGGCAGUCUCUUGUGCGGGAGUACAAGAAGAAGGACGGCAAGCGGCGGGCGUGGAACUUUUCAGUCAUCAACUCGGGUGCCGGCAUGUUGACUGUAACGUCAGCUGAUGUGCCGUACAAGCUCAACAUGCCCCUCGAAAAAGUGUUUGAGUACAUGGUCUCGAACCUGGCGGAGGAUCCGACAGAGCGAAAGGCCGUGACGGCUUGGACAUACGACGAGAUGGUCACCAGCGUCGAGAAGAAGAUGGGCAAGGACGCCAAGGUCUGGGCCGAGGAGGCUGUCGCGGUGGGCAAGUGGUGGGCCAAGGAGCGGAAGCGGUUAUGGAGGUAUCGCACGCUGCCCUUCUACCCGGGCACGUCGGGCCUCAAGGGGCAUGGCCCGCCACAUGGCCAUGGUCCGCCGGGGCAUGGCCCCCCUGGGUUUGGCCCUCCGCGGCUCGGUCCCCCAGGACAUGGCCCGCCAGGACAUCGGCCUCCGGGACGAGGCCCACCACCACCUCGUCGUUACUGA